AGAGCAUGCGCACACUUCAUUGUUUUGUACUGUUCGGUAGGAAGAGAGUACAUGUGGAAUUCUGUUCGGACAGGACAGAACAACGAUUUUCAUUCUGCGAAAAUGGCUAAAAUAUCGUUGCUGAGAGUGCUUCUCAAUGAACGAUUAACAGCAGUUGCUGAUGAGAUAUUUGGGGCUGUUGAAAAAACGGUGGCAGAGUACCAGGAAGAAAUCUAUCGUUCUAAGGAGGAGAACGAGAAGCUACGGAGGCUGCUUGAUAUCGUUCUUAAACCAGAUAUAAAGUUGCAUAGAUCGGACCUACAGCAGCUCACUGUCUCUGAAAAGGUUCCCCCUGAGCAGCAGGACUGUGAACAGGAGUUGAGCCCCAGUCUGGGGCAGGAGGACCCAGAGGCCACACAGAUUAAUGAGCAGGAGCUCAGGACCAGUCACGGGAGAGAGCAGCUUCAUGCUCUGGAGUCAAAAGACCCUAAUGUUAUAUUCACAAUUGCUUGUGUCAAAAGCUUGUGCCAGAAUCCGGUCUCAACUGAGCCUUCACAUAUUUACCAAACCCAAAGUGUGGAAUAUGAACAGGGACCCUCUCUACCAAGCACUUCAACAGAACAGAUCAAAACAGAACCUGAUGGAGAGGGCUACAUGUCAUUAGAACCAACCAGUGAACCUCAGCCCCUCUCUGCAUUUCAUCACUAUUCUGCAGUUCAGCGUGAAAACAGAAUACUCCUCAGUGUGGCAAGUGGAGAGCUUCCAUCAGGGUCAAAGCCAUCGGAAUCAAAGAGAGCACGGUGCCAGGUCUGUGAUGAUUGCUGUAAGGUAAAGGGUACUCUCAUAAAACAUCAGAAGACUCACAUAAGGGAAAAUGGAGCAAUGAAAUGGCAGCAGGAUCGAGGCCCCGCUGCUGCCACAGCAAGCCAGUCCCUGGACCCUACUCUUUCCUCACCACCUUUCCACCGCCCAGCUGUGCCCCGUUCCAUUGCAUGGCGCCAAAAGAGGAAGGGGGAGGAAUAUGCACACGCCCAGCAGCAGGGCGCUCUUUACCCAAAACGCUCAAAUGUAUACCGCUCGAAGGUACAUCCUGACAUUUCCAUUCCUCAUCUGACACCAGAAUAUGACGAACUGCUCACCAACCGCAGCGGGGGCCGUCCGGACCGCUAUGCUGUUUUGCUAUUCCGUGCAUGCGUAAGCGAAGAGAGAUACCGCGAGUGGGAACAGAAUACCAACUGGGAUGGAUCACGAGGAAAAUUUGGCUUGCCAGUGAAUCUCCGAAUGUUCAUCAGGACCACUGUGUCUCAAAAGUUUCCUUCCAUGAGUGAUGUAACCCGAAAAAAUAUAAAAGACAGAGUAAAUGAGUACUUGAGGUCACCGAGGAAGUCUGGACAUGGACUGCUCUCGCUUAUCUAAGGAAUUAGGCAUAUUUCAGACCGUUCUCAUAAUCACUUCCUUUCCUAGCUGAGGUGAUUACAAACAGCUGCCUACAGUAUGUACAGAAACUCUCAUUGUCCUGUUUGUCACACUGUACAGUACCUUAAUGCGAAUCUGCAUUUUGAAAUACAAAAAAAAUUAAUGCAUUUAAAUAUUUUAUUAAUAAAAACACAAAGAUGUUGAUGAAAAAGUA